AUGGCUGCCCUCGCUUCUAAGCAGCAGUCGCUGAAGAUCUUUGAGAAGUUGAAGACCAAGCCUGCGAACAAGAUCUGCUUCGAUUGCGGCGCCAAGUACCCGACCUGGACAUCAGUCCCCUUUGGCAUCUACCUCUGCCUUGACUGCUCCUCCAACCACCGAAACCUUGGUGUUCACAUCUCCUUCGUCCGAUCCACCAACCUCGACCAGUGGCAAUGGGAUCAGCUCCGCUUGAUGAAGGUUGGCGGUAAUGAGUCGGCAACCAAGUUCUUCCAGCAGAACGGAGGAACUGCCGCUCUCAACAGCAAGGACCCCAAGACCAAGUACCAAUCCAACGCUGCGACCAAGUACAAGGACGAGUUGAAGCGUCGCGCAGCGAGAGAUGCCCAAGAGUACCCCGGCGAGGUUGUUAUCAAUGAUGCCGCCGAUGCCGACACUUCGACCCCUGCUGGCGAGCCCGACGAUGAUUUCUUCUCAUCCUGGGACAAGCCCUCCAUCAAGAAGCCUACUCCUCCCAUUUCUCGCACAGCGACCCCUCCGACCGUUGGCCGAACCCCUUCUCCCUUCCUCAACGCCAACAAUGGUGCUGGCAAGGACAUUACUCGGUCUGCAUCUCCUUUGUCCAAGACCGAAGCCGACAACAAGCCUGCUGCCAGCCGUAUAACCACAUCCGCCGCCCUUCGCAAGACAACCGCCACUGGCGCGCCGCGCAAGGCCAAUAUCCUUGGUGCCAAAAAAGCGCCCAAGCUUGGAGUCAAGAAGGUUACCAGCGACGUUAUCGACUUUGACGAGGCCGAGAAGAAGGCCAAGGAGGAGGCCGAGCGCAUCGCGAAGUUGGGCUACGAUCCUGACGCUGAGGAGGAGAAGAAGGCUUCUACCAAGGCGGACCCCAUCGCGGCUCCUACCCCUGUCAGCCCCCAGGGAGGCUACGGAUCAUCCAGCCACACCCGCCAGAAGUCCAACGCAGAGGUGGAGCGUUUGGGCAUGGGUGUUGCCAGGCUGGGCUUCGGUCAGGUUGGUGGGCCCAAGGGUGCCGCAGCACCUAAAAAGGCCGCCGCUGGUGGUUUCGGCUCUGUUGGUCCCAUCAAGGCCAAGACUGAGGAUGACAGCGAAAACUACGCUCGCAGCAAGUUCGGUACCCAGAAGGGCAUCUCUUCCGACGAGUUCUUCGGCAAGGGUUCAUUCGACCCCAACGCCCAGGCUGAGGCGAAGACGCGUUUGCAAGGUUUCGAGGGUGCCACCUCGAUCUCGUCUAACGCAUACUUCGGUCGUCCCGAGGACGAGCCCGUGGAGGAGUACGGCGACCUCGAGGGCGCAGCCAAGGACUUCAUUCGCAGAUUCGGCAUCACGGCUGGUGAUGAUCUCGAGAACCUCACUCAGCUGGCAGGCGAGGCCAGCCAGAAGCUGCAGGGUGCUAUCCGCGCUUACCUCGGAAGCUGA